UUGUCUAACAGAUUCCGUUUCGUGUCUUCCGCCCAUUGCAGCGGAAUGGCAAUUGAUUCGGAACCGGAAUCAGUUAGACAGCUCUUAGUCGAUAGAUUCAUGUCCACCGGCAAUUCAGAAAGUCUGCAUCUUUGGGCGUAUAAUACCCGACCAGUAGGAGCACACUGGUUGUUGCUUGCUAUCAACCCUAUAAGAGAAGUCGUGUAUUAUCUGAAUUCGGUAAAUGGUGACUGGACCAAUUAUCCGGCUAUGAAGGAAAUCGUUGAUUUAUCAAUACAAGUGUUCCGAAGUCAACGGGACGCACAGGUAUCCCGGACUAAAUCAAACAACAUUACUUGGAUCAAAGUGCAGUGUCCGCAACAGCGAAACAGUUCAGAUUGCGGAUACUUUGUUUUGAGGUUUAUGAAAGAAAUCCUUCAGGCGAAUCAAUUAGAGAUUCCGCUCACGUACCUUGACGAAUUCCGUGCUGCUGGGUACCCGAGACUUAAGUUGGAAGAAAUCAAAGAGGAUUUGUGUCACUUUUAUAUUAAGCAAUUUUUCAUGUAGGAUUUGUGUCGAUUUGAACUAUAAUAUUAUUGAUGUUGUAAUGAUGUAUAUAUAUAAUUUUGGAUAUUAUAAUGGUAUU